AUGUCAAACAAAUCCAUGCAUAACAGUUUUUCAGAUUGUCGAUGUUUAUCACUUUCUAUGGAUAUUCCUAAUGGACAGAGGGAAGUUCUACACAAUGGUGAUAAUAUUAAUCUGUCUUUGGCAGCUGGAGCUAUUCGUGGCAGGUCGGAUGAGCAGACUUUUAAUUUUCCGUUGCUUUGGAUGGAUGAUGAGUUUAAUUGGAUGGGAGCGAGAUCCAGAAGAGGUCCAGCUGAUGAAUUUCUGCAUGUGCUGGAAAGCUUGAGUGAUGAAGAUUUAAACACACUCACAGAAUACUUCCGCCCUGACCUGGUGGGUGUUGUUGAAGAGAACAUCGAUGCUGUUUUAGGGCAUCUGAUUACAAGUAACAUUAUCACUCACCAUGAAGCAAAGCAAUACGCACACAAACAGGAACACAACAGUGCCACCCUCACUGCAAAACGAUUAGUUACUGAAGUUGUGGAAAAGCGCAGAGGAGCUAAACAUCUGUGGAGAGGCCUUUACAGUGAACGGUACAGGUUUCGUUCACCAAAUCUGGAAGACAUACUGAGAGUGAUGCAACGCGAAGCAUUGGGAUAUCAGUCUUCUGAUGAGAAACCUCGGAUAUAG